GGGGGGGGGGCAGAGGCAGACGGAAGGAACCAUAAACAGACAGGAGGAUUCGGCGGCUCGCUGCGGCGUGUCUCCGCUGCUGGAGGACUGAGCUCUCGCCCCCGGGCCGGCGGGUCUUGGCGCUCGGCGGCGGCGGCAGGAUGCUGGCCCGCGGAUGGUGUACUGUAAGGAAGGCUCCUUCUCUUCUGGCUAGGGCACUGACAUCCCUGACUGAUGGCUUCCAGUCUCCUCCAGACAUGUUUGAAGGACACUUACCCAUUCAUGUGAAUAAUGUGCGAAGCAGAUUGAGGGCUAUAGUGGGAGCUUCUACCAACUGGAGUGACCAUGUGCAAGCAAUGCAUGAAAGAAAAGACCUACAUAUUCUAUUGGCCAAACAGCAGGAAGACUUGCCACCUAGGAAAAUGAAUGAUAGCUACAUAGAGGUUAUUUUACCUCUAGGAAGUCAACCUGAAUUAAGAGAGAAAUAUCUGAAUGUACAUAACAGCGUGAGGUUUGGAAGAAUUCUUGAAGAUCUUGAUAGCUUAGGAGUUCUCAUUUGUUACACUCACACCAAACAUGAAGCUUCUCAGAGAUCUCCUUUGUCAAUUGUUACAGCCCUGGUGGAUAAAAUUGAUUUGUGCAAGAAGGUCAUAUACCCAGAUUGUGAUAUCAAAUUCACUGGAAAUGUGUCUUGGGUUGGGAAGACCUCAAUGGAAGUGAAGAUGCACAUGCUUCAGGUUGGGUUACAUGAUGAUACUUACAGCCCUGUGUUAGAUGCAACCUUUGUCAUGGUGGCCCGUGAUCCAGAAAACAAGAGGCCAGCAUUUGUUAAUCCAUUAAUUCCUGAAGGCCCAGAGGAGGAAGAAAUCUUCAGGAAAGGAGAAUUGAACAAGAUAAGGAGGGUUGAUUUCAGCACUGCAUCCUUACUGAAAAUGGCUCCAACUGCAGAAGAAAGAACAGCUGUUCAUAAUAUAUUCCUUAAUACACUGGAUACAAGGACUGUAAGUUUUCGGAGUCGUGUGCUACCACCCAAUUCAGUAUGGAUGGAAGAUGCAAAACUUAAGGGUUUGGAGAUCUGCCAUCCUCAGGAACGGAACAUUUUCAAUAGAAUCUUUGGGGGGUUUCUCAUGAGGAAAGCAUUUGAGCUGGGAUGGGCUACUGCCUGCAGCUAUGGAGGUUCCAGACCUUAUGUAGUAGCUGUAGACGAUAUCAUGUUUCAAAGACCAGUUGAGAUUGGAUCCCUAUUACUGCUUUCUGCACAGGUUUGUUUUACAGAAAAAAACUAUAUCCAGAUUAGAGUACACAGUGAGGUUUAUGAUUCAGAUACCAGAGAGCACAAGACAACCAACAUCUUCCAUUUCACUUUUAUGUCAGAAAGAGAGGUACCACAGAUUGUCCCAAAAACAUAUGGUGAGUCCAUGUUGUAUUUAGAUGGGAAGCGGCACUUCAGUGCCUCCAUGAAAGAAACCAGAGAAGUGAAGAUAACAACUACUGCAGCACCAUAGCAAAUUGUUAGCUUUGGAGAUACCUCUGCCAAAGAUUGCUAGCUUCCUAUGCACAAUGUAUCAGUGAUGGUAUUCCUGCUCUUUAAUGCGAUGUGGUCAUCAGUGUAGGCAUAUUGGAAAGUGGUUUGUUUUUGUACAAAAAGACAAUCAUUUAGCGCUAUUUAUAUAACUAGCUGUAGGCACAAAGAUGUUGUACAGCUUUUCCCUCUCCUCUCCCUUUAGAGCUUCCAUAGUUAAGAUGUAUACCACCUUAAAAUUCUGCUGUGACAGGCUGUUCAUGUUAGCAUAGAGGGAUUGAAAAACAUAGUCCAGAAAACUUUAAAGGGAUACUACCAUUGAGAAGUCUCAGUUUUGUCACCAUUCCCAUCUCUUCUCUCCUACACACACUUGUGCUUCUCGUUAUGGUCCCUGAUACAGGAAAGCUAUCAUCUCUCUAAAAUGAGGGCUGCAAAUGUUGAAAUCCUGUUUGAUCAUUUUUGUGCAAAUCUGACCCAGGAUCGUGUCUAAGUUAAAAUCAGCCUCCUAUUGGUUCUCGGGAACAGGCGCAUCUGGGCAGCGGAAGGACAGUGUGAUGUGCACAUCUGCGUCAUAAUCCUUGCAAUCAGGUGUGUAUUUGUCUGCUGAUGGGCUCUCACAAGAUUGCUGCAGCCCUUGUUUUGAAGAAUUGAUGAUUUGUGUUUCCUGUUUCUUUUGAGGACACACUCAUUUUUGCAAUGAAUGAAAUGGCCAAAUGUGAAGUUUACAGAUAUCUUUGUGUGGGAGAUCCCACCAGUAC